AUGAAAAUGCUCACCAACAACCACGCUCAACGAGUGUGCCGCCUCCUGGGCGUCGCGCUGCUGCUCCUUGUGCACUGCGCCGGCAGCUCACUCGCGAUGACGGAGCACCACCGCUGCAUCUACGACGACAUCAAUUGGUUUGCCGGAAAGCCGGCUAUUAUCCAAGGAUUGCAACACGUUGAAAAGCUUACGGGGGUAGUGUCAGAGGUAGCAGAAACACGUGACCAUAAGAAGACGGAUACUGCCGAGUUUCUUAAGAAACCCCCCAUGCCUUCGUCAACCAGUGGUGGAUACAAGCCCAUCCGCAUCAAGGUGUUCAUGGUGGAUUCAGUAAAGGGGCCCGAAUGCAACAAAGAAAAUGAACAGUAUGUUGAUGUAUAUGGUGAAAAGAUGAGCUGCACCAAGGGGGAUAUCAUGACCCCCAAGAAGCAGGAGAUAUACGAGCACACGAUUAUUCCCGAGGCUGUGAAGCUCCACACGGAUCGCUUGACCGUUCUGCCCUUGAUUACCCCCAUCGUUGUGCCAAACUACACUGAUACGAGUGUUUGUGGCCGGUUCAAGAUCCCUGAGAAUCACCACACUGAAGGUGUCGACAACGCUGACAUGGUGCUGUACGCCACUGCUGCGCCGACGGUUGAUGGAGCCUUUGCGUGGGCGGCGACGUGCGCGGUGCAGCCCGAUGGGCGGCCGCUGGUUGGCGUGAUCAACUACAGCCCGCGCCACAUUGCCCGCACGUCGCAGGCCGUCCGCGUCGCCGCACACGAGAUUGCGCACACCCUGGGGUUCAAUGUGGAUAUCAUGGAUAAACCUCUAAGGAAGGUGUCCGAAGGUAAUUUCCGAGGAAAAAAGAUCUACGUUUUUGAUGGGUGGAAUACAAGAAUGUGGGGAACGUAUCACUACCAAUGCAAGAACUUUUAUGGAAUGGAGCUGGAGGACAGUAUGUCCUGGGCAGAGGACGGGAAGUCAGCGGAAGUGCCACAAACCAGCCCGUUGGGUUUGAGGUCAGCCAUUACUCUUGAAGCAGAGGAAAAGGUGUCUUCCCGCACUGCUCUUCGUCAACGGCGUCGAAAGAGUAACUGGACCGACGGGGAGCUGUCCGUAAAGUUUGGUGUGAGUUCCCACUGGAAGCGGCGCAAUGCGAAGGACGAGCUGAUGGCCGGUCUUGUGGGCGCUGGCCACUACACGGCACUGACACUUUCAGCGUUCGCUGACAUGGGCUAUUAUCAGGUUGACUAUUCGAAGGCAGAGACGAUGAGUUGGGGCAGGAAGGUUGGUUGUGAAUUUCUGCAGAACAAGAGCUGCGUUACGGAAGGCGCGUCUAAUUAUCUCAGCAUGUUCUGCGACAGCUCUUACAAUGAUAAACUGCGGUGUACGUCUGACCGCCAGGCGUUGGGGAAGUGCGUCAUUGAAGAAAAUGAAAGAAUCCCUGCCGAGUACAGUUACUUCCAGAAGACCAAACUUGACAAGAAGCUGGGUGGCAGGCGGGAGGACAUGAUGGACUACUGCCCCAUUAUUGUGGCGAGCAAAGGAUACAGCUGCGUUAAUGGCGACCGGAGGAAGAUGCCUGGGAGUCUCGUCGGUGGGAACUCGCGGUGUGUGAAGGGCAACGAUCUGACGAUAAAUGGCACCGAGGUUCUUGAUGUGUGCGUACAGAUAAAGUGCAUCACCGGGUCGGUGUACGUGAAGUACGCUGGUGCCAGCAGGCACUACUUCUGCCCGCAGGGGCAGUUCCUGAAGGUGCAAGGCGAUUUUGGUGCAGAUGGCACCAUUGCUUGCCCGCGGUACGAGGACGUGUGCACCACCAUGCUGCCGGGGGCUGAGAGCAGCACGACCAGUGAUGACACAACCAGUUUAGAGCUGGAGGUCAGCAAUGCUCCGUCUCAAGCUAUCACUGAAGAUGGCCAUGGAUCCACAGCAUCUAUUGUUCAAGAUGGCAACAAAGUACAAGGGGACUCUAACGUCAAAGCUGAAGAGUCAGAAACUCAUGGGGAGAGAAAGAAAAUUGUGAUGGCGAACGGCAAGAACCUUGAUCUGAAGCUGAAUGCUGAUGGCAGUGCUGCUGCCUCCGCGUUGAUGCCGCUUGUGUUGGCCGUCGUGGCCGCCUCUGCGAUCAUGGCGCACUGA